AUGAGAUUGCAUAAUUUGAAAGCCCUAUUGGGUUCAUUGCUGCUCUUUCUUCUAGCAGUAUUUCUCGACCAUGCCAUUGCCCACCAUAGGCCAAGGUUCACUGCUGGCCCUUGGAAGCAAGCUCAUGCCACAUUUUAUGAAGGAGGCUCCGGAACAUUUGGUGGAGCUUGUGGUUACCAUGAUGUUGUUCAAGAAGGAUAUGGCCUGGAGACAGUAGCAUUGAGCAAUGCAUUGUUCAACAACGGACAGUCAUGUGGUGCAUGCUACGAUAUCAAAUGUGUAGACCAACCUCAAUGGUGCAAGCCCGGGAAUCCGAUUCUGCAUGUUACGGCGACUAACAAUUGCCCCCCGAAUUGGAAUCAGGCAAGCGACAAUGGAGGAUGGUGCAAUCCACCACGCGAGCAUUUUGACAUAGCCAAGCCUGUAUUCCUCAAUAUUGCCGAGUACUCGGCUGGUAUCGUCCCAAUCGAAUAUCGCAGGGUUUCAUGCCAAAAGAAAGGAGGUAUUCGAUUCACAAUAACCGGGAACCCUUACUUCAACGAAGUGUUGGUGUGGAAUGUGGCAGGAGUUGGGGAUGUGGUCAGCGUGCAAGUGAAGGGCCACGACAAGUUGAAAUGGACAAUGAUGAAGCGGAUGUGGGGUCAGAGGUGGGUUACUGAUGCCAAGUUGGUUGGUGAGUCACUCACCUUCCGAGUCCUAGCAAGUGAUAAAAGAUACUCCACCUCAUGGCAUAUAGCCCCCAAGAAUUGGCAGUUUGGCCAGACAUUCGAAGGCAAGAACUUCCGAUAG